UUUUGAGAAUAUAAUAGUAGUGGUAUAGUAAUGAUAGUAAUGAUAUAAAAUAGACUACUUCUAAGUCUUUAUCUUUAAAAUGAGAUCUUUUUCGUCAAAAUCGAUCAAAAAUAAUACCUAGACUCAUUAUUGGCAUAUAAACUAGGAGGCAUGGCAGAUCUAAUAUUCUAGUCCAAAUAUCACACAAUGAGUAAGAUUAAUAGCGUAUGGAUAACUAUAAAAAUACUAAGUCUAGAGAGAUUUUACCAAUAGCAUGUCCUGAUGUCACUUUAAGUACGCGAUUUUCAAAUGUAGGAACAAUGGAACUAAAUAUGGAUAAAGUAGAAAUACGUGAAGCUAAACGUGAAGAUUGUUUUGCUAUAAGAACUUUAAUACAAGAACUAGCUGAUUAUGAGAAGAUGCCUAAUGAACCAAAGAUCGAUUAUAAAACUUUAGAACGAGAUGGGUUUGAUACAAAGCAUCCUUUAUUUAUUUGCUAUGUAGCAACAGUUGAUCAACAAAUAAUAGGUUAUGCAUUAGCAUAUUAUACUUAUUCAACAUGGGGUGGAAGAGCUAUGUAUUUGGAAGAUCUUUAUAUUACACCUAAUUUUCGAAGAAAACGUAUUGGCAUUAAACUUUUAAAGACUAUUGCAAAAAAAGCAAAAAAUAAUGAUUGCUGCAGGUUAGAUUUUGCAGUGCUCAAAUGGAACCCAGCACAAGAGUUUUAUAAAAGUAUUGGCGCUAUUAAUUUAACAGAAGAAACGGGAUGGCAUCAAUAUCGUUUAACAAAAGCAGUUCUGGAAAAAUUGGCAACUAAUAUGGAUAAUUCAAAUUAUUCACGAAAAGAAGAUUUCAAAUUAUUGACAAAAAAGAAAAGCAUUGCUAGAAGUAAUUGGGGUGGAUAUGCUUUAGACAUACAAUUAUGGGAAGAUGAGGAAUCACCUGUCAUCAAAAUGAGAUAUAUGGAUGAUGUUUCAUUUGAUAACUUAGAAAAGGAUGGUAUUUUCUCUGAUAGAUUAAUAGGACUUGGAUCUUCAUUCUUAACAAAAUCACCAGAAUGUGGACUUUAUAUUUUAGCAAAAUGCGUUAUGAGAAGGAUGUCACUUACAGAUAUCACUGUUUUAUAUUAUCAUCGGUAUCUGCAAUACAUUGAUUUGGCAUAUAACAAUCUUACAAAUUUAAUGCCACUAAGUGGGAUUCCUUAUUUGAUGUAUUUAAAUGCAUCACAUAAUAAACUCAUAGAUGUAUUAAACUUUACACCACCUUGGUACUUAACUUAUGUAAAUUUAUCUAAUAAUCAUAUAACUGAAAUGUGUGAUCUAAGUAGUUUCUGGAGUAUUGUUAGAUUAGAUUUGUCUUACAAUGAAAUUGAAGUUAUUUUUGGACUACACAAUUUAAAAUAUUUGCAAUACUUGAAUAUGUCUUAUAAUUUAAUAAAAUAUAUUGAAAAUUUGGAUAAUUUGAACAUUAAAGAGUUAAAUUUAGAAGGAAAUUGUAUAACAUCGUAUAGAUAUACAAAAUUGGGUAGUAAUAUGAAAAGUUUAAUCAAUUUAAGGACUAUUAUAUUAGGAUAUAAUAAAUUAUCUAGCUUAAAUUUCUUAAAAGAUGCAUGCAGUUUGCGUUUCGUAGAUUUGAAAUUUAAUAAAAUUAUGGAUCUUUUAGAAGUAUCAAAGUUAAAAGGAUCGAUAUUUGAAAUAGACCUUAGAGGUAAUGCAUGUACAAAGUGGCCCAAUUACAGAAAUGUAAUUUUAUUUUCUAUUCCAAGUAUUAUGUUCAUUGAUGGUGUCGAAGCAUCUAUUACAGAAAAGAUAUCUGCAGCGACUAUAUUUGCUCCAUCAUUAAGUUUGAUGACUUCACGUAAUAUCACCAAACUGACUUUAUUAGAGUAUUUGAGUACUCCUAAGAUAGAUUCACAUGUAAUUGCAUAUGAUAAAAUCAGGCCACCACUAUUAAUAUUGACCGGUCCAUCUGGAGUAAAAAAGAGAAAAUUAUCUUUACAUAUAUCACGUGUAAUUCCUAAUAAGAUAAAAUAUUGCAAAUGGUAUACUACUAAACAAUCAAAAACUGGUGAAGAUGAAGAUAAGUCAUUUAUUUUCGUAAAACGAGAAGAUUUUAAUGAAAUAGCUUGUUCUGGUAACUUUUUAGGAAUCCAAGAUCUGCUAGGAAAUAGCUAUGGAUUUCAUAUGAAUGAAAUUGCUUCUUUGAUAACAGAACAAAAAAUUGGUAUAACUCCAGCAGACUUGCAUACAACUAUGCAAAUAUGCAAUCGUUAUUUAAAUGUUAAACCUAUUUUGGUAAUUAUAAAUGAUAUUACUCAACACCAAAGUCAGAUAGAGAAUAAAUUUGAUAUUUAUACUUGGAUCCAAGAUAGUAUAGGGGAUUUACUUGCUAUUAACAUAGGCAAACAUACAUUUGUAAAGGAAGAAUCCAGAAAUAGUAUAUUGAAUUUUGUCGUAACUAUUAUAGACGAGGUAAAAAAAAAAAUUAUAUAUUAUUUACUAAUUAUAUAUUAUAUAAUAAAUAGUUUAGAAUUACCUGGAUAUAGUAUGUUUGUUAGACCUCAAGAUUAUGGAGCAACAACAACUGAUAUAAUAUAUGAAAGUAAACUUAUAUUACCAAAACUCAUAAAAAUUCAAGAACAAAAUGACAUAUAUCGACAAUUCAAUGACUUAAAAUAUGAAAAUUUAUAGAUCUUGUUAGAUGAGGAAUCAAAUAUAAUUAUAAACAAUAAAAAACGAAGAACUUUGCUCUGCCAUUACAAAAAAUAUGACAAGAUUUUUACUGAUGAUGAUUCCAACGAUACUAUUUCUAGUGAAGAUACAUUACUAAUUUCAGUAAUUCUACAUUCUUUAAAAAUAAUUAAUUUUGCAAGUAAUAAUUUUUGUUUAUGUAUGCAGCAAUGUGAAGAUAAUAACAUUGAAAAAUCAGAAAACUUAAAACGUAUGUUUGUUGAACUUGUUUUACAAACAAGGAAGAUAUAUUUAGAACAUCAUGAAAAAAAUCCUGGUUUUUUUUCUCUUGUGGUAAUAUAUAUAUAUAUUCAUCCUAUACAAUAUGUACCAGUAUUGAAAUAUUUAAUUUCGUCUAACAUUCUGCAAAGGACACUGAUAUUAUUAUAUUAAUUAAUAUAAUAUUAAUAUAAUUUAUUAUAUAUUUCAGUUAUUAACAGAUAAUUAUAAUGAAGCAUUUAAUGUCUUGAAAAAUUUUAUUCAAAAAGCAUGUCCAAAGAAAUUAUUUCAAAAUCUGGAACAAAUGCCAGAAAUUAAGUAUCUUCUACAAGUGGCUAUUCCUGAUCAUAUUCAAUGCAUUAUUGAUAAAAUGAAAGAGUAUGAUGCAUGCUUCCUAAUCAAAUGUUCUAUUAAAUUUUUACUAGUAUUUUAAAAUAGUAUUUUAAACUAAUAUUAAAAUAAUUAAGAAAUAAAAAUAAUUAAGAUUAUAAUUAAUAUUAAUUUUAAAUUAAUCUCUUUAACUUUCAAAAUUUAUUAUUUAUGAUUUUACAGAUCUUUAUCUAUUGACAAUAUAAGGAGAAAAAAGAUAUUAGAAAUAGAUAGCAAA